CAUGCGGCCCCUGCUCUGGGCGCUGGCCGGGCUCGCCCUGCUCGGCGCUGCGGGAGCUUUAGCGGCUGCAGAGCCCUUCAGUCCAGCCGGAGGAGACUCAGCCAGGAGCACAGGCUGUGACCAACACGUGGCUCUCCAGGGUCGUUUGAACAUCCUAGAGGAGACCGUGCAGAAGACUGUGGAACAUCUGGAGGUGGAAGUGAAAGAAUUGCUGGGCCUGCUGGAAGAGCUGGCCUGGAACCUGCCUCCGGGGCCCCUCAGUCCGGCCCCCGACUUUCCCGGAGACGGUGAGCUGUGA